UUUUAUUGGUAUUUACUCUGCGUAAUAACGUCAAUAUCAGCGAGACAUUUAAACGCGAGCAACAAAAUAGUUCUGAUAACGAUUAAAUGAAUUGGCAGGGCGCAUUAAGUGGACGAUUUUCAUUGCAUGGGCUAACGAAAGCACCGGGAACUAUAACCAUUCCUGGGAACGAAAAUACUCAAUUGAGGAGAAACAGCGGGAGAAGCACGCUAGACAAGCGAUACGAUAAUCCGUCGAAUAAUUGGAAGAUCCCCGUUAAUCCACUAUCAGAAGCGUUCAAACUUUACCCAACAUUGUCGGACAAAUGCCAGAUUUACAGAACUUCGUUUUCCAAUUCAUCCCGUAACGCGCAUCAGUCCGGUUACCGUGGACACGCGAGUAAACAAUAUCAAAAUAUCAAUCGAUCAGAGAGCCAGCAACGAUAG